AUGGCAUCCAUGACCACGUUGAAAGGCGAUCCCUUCGAUUGGACUCUAUUCGAGUUGGUGAGGAAGUGCGGCGAUACCCGUGGCCUUUAUGGCUAUAAUAGUUCCCCCGGCUGCGCCCCGCAAGUCAACAUUGUUGACAUAUGGCGGAAGCAUUUCGUCCCUGAAGAGAACAUGUUAGAGGUGGAUUAUUGGAUGUGCGAGGAUUCUGAGACUGGCGAAUAUCUUCGAGCAGAUCAUCUUGUUGGGAACGUGUUAAAACUUCGUUUAGCCUAUGGUAUUAAUGGCAACUUUACGAAUGAUCUGAAACUACAUGAGCAAACAGUUGCUGAAUACCAAUAA